AUGGCCUCCCUCAACUACGCCCGCUAUGGCAAAGACAACAUCCGCGUUUACAAAGUCCAGCGCAACCCGGACAACACCCAAGACGUGACCGAAAUGACCGUCUGCACCCUCCUCGAAGGCGACAUCGCCGAAUCCUGGACCAAAUCCGACAACAAGAACAUCGUAGCCACGGACACGCAAAAACAAACCGUCUACGUAACGGCCAAACUGCACCCCGUGAACCCACCGGAGCUCUUCGCAAGUAUCCUCGCCGACCACUUCCUCACCCAAUACAACCACAUCCACGUCGCACACAUCACCGUGACCGUACACAAAUGGACGAGGAUGCAGGUAGACGGCAAACCACACCCGCAUUCCUUCCUCCGAGACGGCGAAGAGAAGAGAGUAGUAGAAGCCGUCGGCCGCAGAAACCAAGGCAUAAGCAUCCGCUCCAGCAUCAAGGGCCUCCUGGUCCUUAAAUCCACCGGCUCACAAUUCUGGGGUUUCCACCGCGAUGAAUACACCCGUCUGCCCGAAGUCUGGGACCGCAUUUUAUCGACCGAGGUCGAAGCGGGCUGGAAUUGGCGACGUUUCAGUGGGCUGGACGAGGUGAAGAAGGAAGUGGCAGCGUUCGAGCCCGCGGCUGAGGCUGCAAAGAAAAUCACAUUAGAGACGUUUGCAAAGGAGAAUAGCCCGAGUGUGCAGAAUACAAUGUACCUCAUGGCCGAGCAGAUCUUGGCCGCCGUGCCGAGGGUGGAGGAUGUGGAGUACAGUCUGCCGAACAAGCAUUACUUUGAAGUUGACAUGAGCUGGUUCAAGGGUCUCAAGAACACGGGCGAGGACGCUGAAGUCUAUGCUCCACAAAGCGAUCCGAAUGGUCUGAUCCAGUGUACGGUCUCGAGAAAGGGUGCGUCGCCUAAGCUGUAG